AUGGAUCCAAAUAAAUUCAUAAAAUAUUAACCUUAUUAAAUGACAGAUUCAGUAAAGGCAGGUGGUCUAUUUAGCCCUGAAUAAUGUGAAUAACUUUCAAAAAAAAUUCUUGAUUUAUUUGAUGAAAACAAAGAUGGAUAAUUAGAUUUGUUUGACGUAAGCCAAAUGCUAUAAGAUUGUUAUAGAGCUAUGAAUAAGAGUUAUAAUCCAACACCUACUGACAUUGCUGCUUUUACAAGAAAAAUGGAUACAAAUGGUUAAGGCAGAGUAGAUGAAAAAAUUAUCUAGAAUUUAUGUAUGAAAUACCUUUGUACAAUGGUUUCAAACAAUAAUUCUUAACUAAAAGUAGAAAAACCUCUUUAAGAGAUAAAUGUUAAAAUAUAACCAACUGAUAAUUCCAAUUAGGAAGAAAUCUUAUUACAAUCGUCCAACUAAGAGAAACAAACUUAAGAAGCUCCCAAAGUUGAACAAAAUCAAAUAUUAAUUUAACCAAAAUAAGAGAAGAAACCGAUUUAAACUGUCUAAAAACCUGCUUAGCCGGAGAUUGCAAAGACAGCUAAAAGUACUGAACAACCCUAACAACCAAUUCCAGAAAAAAAAUACACAAAAUAAGUUCAAGAAAGACUAAAAGUGGCAAGGAGGAUAUUUACUAUGAUAGACUCAGAUUAAAGUGGUUAUAUUACAGAAACUGAAGUACCUUAACUGCUUAUUGAAACGUACAAAUAAAUGGGAAUGACAAUUGAGCCAAACAAAGAGGAUGUUGAUUUAUGGAUGGAAAUGGCUGAUACAGAUUAAGACGGCAAAGUAUCCCUAAUAGAUUAUGAAGAUCUAAUUAUCAGAGGUUUAAAACAGUAAGGAAUUUAAUUGGAAUGA